UUGUAUACAAUGUUCCUUCAACUAUUAACUCCUGACAAUAUAUAUCAAUAUUUCCUUGUUUCAUCCAUGCACACGUGUUUCACGAUUUAAAUUUGUAUUUGUAACGGUUUCAAUUGAUAUUUUUUUUUUUUGCUUAACUUUCUCGCACGUGACAAGCACCCACAUACAAUACGUUCUAAGUACAUUUAACGACCAAUCGUUUUGCAAAAUGAGCGUUGCUUAUUGAAACGAAUCGCCAAUCUUCGUUAGUCGCUUAAACGUGACUGAACGCGACUGUCAGUGAGAAAAUUAACCAAAAUUAACGCUCGCGUUUCGUUAUGCACGAGACGGAUAUAAAAGAGAAACUUGAUGCUUAUAGACGUAGGAGACGAAGAGAAGAGAUGACAAAUUCUAUUAAGAAUGCGAUACAAAAUGUCUUACCGUGGAAUAGUGGUAAGUUUGUCGAGGAACAGCUGCUGCCAGCGUCGCCAGAUGAUGCCGAGGAUAUCCAGGACAACGAAAGCAUCUCUUCAGAGGAUAGUGUAGACCAUUCGCAAUAUACAGUGCUAAGGAAAGUAAUAAAACUACUCUACUUCCUUCUGUGGGCAACAUUAUACGUAAUUGCAAUUAAAUUUGAGUUUGGACUGGUAUACCUUACCUUAUCUGCAUUAAUAUUUAUUUGGUUGAAUACUCAUACCAGACCUAAACAAGUAGGGGAACUUAGCGCAUAUUCGGUUUUCAAUCCUGAUUGCAAAGCUAUCGAAGGAACGCUCGAUGCUUCGCAGUUUGAGAGAGAAAUAAGAUACGGUAUAGGAGGCAUGAAUUAGGAUACAUC